UCAAUCAUAGGGAUCUUUGGGGUAUACCUUAUUCACAGCUACCCACAAAGUUCAGUCUUGAUUUUAAAUUAGCCUAGGUUGAGACUUCAUCCACACUCUGUACUGAGUCUGCUAGAAACUGCCACAUAUGGUUCAGCAAGAUAAAGUGCAUAGCAACCAAACAAGCAAACUAUUCCACCUACUAAGAUAUCACUGUGCAAAAUACCCACCACUGCCGGUUCUCAGUGAUGACCCUGAUAAAGGUGUAUCAGAAAUAUUCCAUCUCAGUCCAAUGUGACUCCCUGAAUACCUCCUAGAUUAAUUUCUGCACUAGUGUCAGCAGUGAUUUCAUAAUGCAACCUUGCUAGGUUUCAAUUUUUUUCUUUUGCAUUUAAAGGAGCCAGUCCUGCUCUUCUGAGAAACAAUGGCAAAUCUCUUCUUAAUGUCACAAAUCUGAGAAUCAGGUUUGACUAAAAUGUAGAAGGGAAGAGAUCAAGAAUUACGAGAAAAGAAGAUGGUGUCAGUGACAAAGGGUCCAAGCAUCCACUGGUGGCUCUUGCAGGUAAGACUCAGACGGCUUUGAACUAGACCUCAGAUACAAUGGUCAACAGAACAAGGAUUAAUUCUACCUAUGGACUGGAUGCAGCUGGUGUGUCCCAGUUCCAAGAAGCCAUUGGUAUUUUCUUCAUGGUCAUGCUGAGUGUCAUUGCUUUGGUAGCCAACACAGCAGUCAUGGUUGUCAUCCUCAAGACACCCCUGCUAAGGAAGUUCAUUUUUGUCUGCCACCUCUGCCUGGUGGACCUCUUGUCCGCCAUUUUCAUCAUGCCUCUGGGGAUCAUUUCCAGCUCAGCCUGCUUCAACCGAGUACUAUAUAGCAUUGCUGAAUGCCAGACCCUGAUCUUCCUGAAUGUCUGUUUCAUCAGUGCCUCUAUCCUCACCAUCUCUGUAAUCAGCAUUGAGCGCUACUACUAUAUUGUCCACCCAAUGAGGUAUGAAGUCAAGAUGACUACUGGGUUAGCGAUUACUGUUGUGGCUUUUAUCUGGGUGAAGUCCGUUCUUGUGGCUGCCUUGGCGCUGGUUGGCUGGCCCCAAGAUAAUGGUGCCAGCAGUGCCAGCAAGUGUACUGUCUGCUGGAGCCCUGGAGCCCACAAAAAGGUAUUUGUGAUCAUCUUCAGCUUCCUCUGCUUCAUCGUGCCCACUGUUAUCAUCUUUGCAGUCUAUGGCAGCAUCUACAAAGUAGCCCGGAUUGCUUCCUCACAGCAUGCACCUCAGCCCGUCCCAUCUUGGACUGCCACCAUGCCCAGACAAAGAUCAGACUCCCUUCACAGCCAGGUUACUAUUAUCACAACCAGAAAUGUGCCACCCAAGUUGUCACCAGACCGCUGGUUUGGGGGGAAUAAAGCUGCCUUGACUUUGGUCCUCAUUGUUGGCCAAUUUCUCUCUUGCUGGCUUCCAUUUUUCUCCUUCCACUUAAACUGUUCCCUCACCUCUCCUACCUCAAUCUCUAGUUAUAGUGAGAUUGUUGUGACCUGGCUUGCCUACUCCUCUUUUGCUAUCAACCCUUUUUUCUAUGGGCUACUAAACCGUCAAAUCAGGGAGGAGCUGGCCAAGCUGGGACGACAUUGCCUCAGCAAGCCUUUGGGUCAAGAACUGUGCAUCUCCAGCCCAGAAGGCUCAAUCCAUGAGAACUUCCUCCAGUUCCUGCAAAGGACCAGCUGUACAACUGAGACUCGUUCUAGCUAUGUUAAUUCCAGCCCCAGGAACACCUUGGACCAGACUGCAAUGGGAUUCAGAAUUCCUGGACAAAUCCCCGAAGAAACCAAUUGACCAAAGGACAAUAUAUUCAUGUCACUGCCUCCAUUUCUUCCCAACCAUCUCUGACUUAAGAAGAAGAAGAGAAGAAGAUACAGGACUCUGGAAGAACAUCCUGAGCCUCCUUUGUGGAGGAAAUCUGCAGUUGAACAAUUACUUUUCUCUCCAAUAAAGAGGCAAAAGUGAUUAAAUGGGUGAUGAUAAUUCCCAUCUACCACAUUCGUAACAACAUAUUCAGGGACCAGUAUGUAAUACUGAAUUCAGAUUAAAGAGACAGUGUUGUGCAUAAGGACUUUAAAAAAAAUCCCUCCCAAGUUCUUGUUGUAAGCACUAAUAUUCUGUUACAUACCUGCCAGAACCAGUGGUGCUAUUUCUCACUGAUCCUGUAAUGAAAGGGAAAUGAUCUGAUUUUGUAUCAGAUAGAAAGCCAGGCUCUUUCAUGGUUGUUUUAAAGUGUUUUUCAAAAUCCAUUGUAUACUGCAGGGCCUAAAUUCUCUUGUUAGUCUGGACUCAAGUAGUCCCACUGAAUCAAUUGGAUUUUCCUACUGUCUUUUCAACAGUUAAGUCAAUGGGUCUACUCUAGUUGGGGAUUAACCCACAGGAAUCCAGCUGAGGAGAAGGACUGCACAACUUCCAGAGUACUGACAGUGAUAGUUCACUUUAAAUACUUCAAAACUGCACAGAUCAGGAGGGAGAGACCUGUCAUAUCUACCAUAUACUCAUGUUAUUAGUCUGGAGUAACCACAGGCCAUGCAGAAUAUAUUGAUGUGAACAGAAAGGGGAAAAUGCAUUUUUCCAGCACCUUAAUACUGUUAAGAUAGGUGUGGAGAAGUUUUCGUUUCCCCAAUGAUUGAAAGUUAAAUUUUCUUGAUAGAUAGUAAGUCAGUAACUCCUGUUUGCUCCUUCUAUAAAAGUCAUAUUUCCAGGAUGUGUUCUAAAAUGGUUGUCCUGGAUAGUGGCGUCAUUAGACAGGUGUGGAUGUUGUGGACCAUAUUGAGUCACACAGAGGGUGUGACACCAAAAUGACUCAAUUUUUUGUGCAAUGUUUCAAUGGAAAUUUAUUACUUUUAUUGUAUUUUUUAAAAUCCUUGGUGCCAUAUCAUCUCCAGGACAUAGAUUUAGAGUGAUCCUCAUAGUUGUGCACUCCCUGCCCCAUGCCACCGGAUGUGCUGGGCCUUAAACUCUUAAUAACUGCAUCAGUUCUCUUUUGACAUGACACCUCCUUUCUUUUGCUUCACAUAACUUCCUCACUUGGUGCGUGGGGAGGUGACGCGGUGAGUUACUGCACUAUGUGACACCAACUCUAUUAACAUCACUAGUCUUGGACAUAAAAUCAUAGAGUUAAAAUAGACUGCAAGGGCCAUUUAGUUCAACCCCUUACUUCUUGGGAAUAUACAAUUAAAGCAUUUCUGGCAGGUGCCAACUCAACUUCUAUUUAAAGACUGCUGUAAAGAGAAAGUCCAUCACUCUCUGAGGCAGUUUUUUGCUGUCAAACAACUCUUAUGGUCAGAAUCCACUGACCAUGUAUUUAUGAGUUGAUGCUUGAAAGUUGUGCAUGGGAAGGAGGUGAGUGUACUACUUAAACAUUUCAGCAUCUAUGGGAAUUCUACAUGACUGGGGAUAUGAUAAGGGAAGCCUCAACAAUGAACACAAAAAGGGUCUUUUUGUGCUAAUUCCAUUUCUCUCGAAGGGCUUUCUAGUGUUCCUUUUGCUCACAAAAUUGUAAUACUGUACUGCAGGUUUGCAAGGCUACUUCCCAUUCCUUCCUUUUUCUUUUGUUUGAUGGCAUCAAUACCUUGUCUCAAUGCACGGAUAAAUGUAGGUCUCUCCUCAUCGGAGGGCUGUGAUUAAGACACUGGAAAGCAUCCUGCAACUGAUCAUGGUCAUGACAGAAGUUGUGUCGUCUAACACAUUUUGAGGGAAUAGGGUUGGGGAAGACUGUCAUAAACUCUUAAUGUCAAAUAUACAUACAUACAUACAUACAUACAUACAUACAUAUACACACACAUAUACACUGGGAAGGUCUGUGAUAUAAAUAUAUAUUGGUUCUACACAAGAACCUUGGGAAUUUUUAUUUGAAAAAGGGCUGAUGAUUCUUAAGCUCUUCUUUGAUUCCCCAUAAAGACAGAAUUGAUUUUUAAAAGCAGUUUAAAUCUAGACAUAGGUUUGCAAAGUAUUGACUGUCUUCUGCUUCAGAGCUGGGCAAUUUCAAAAAUAGUCAACUACGUAUUGGUGCUCAUGGAACACAGCAUGUCACAAUAAGCUAUGUUUUGUGUUAAUUGUGAUUGUUUAAACAUUUCUUGUUUGUUUCCUCUGUCCCCUUUUGUCAGGUCCUAUUUUAAGGUGGCAUGCUGGUACUUGCAGCCGGUGUCUCACCUGUCUGUGACACAGUGAAAUCACUCUGGGGUUUAGUGUGAACUGCAAAGAUGUGUCCAUGGUACUGAACCCUGUCCGCUAAACAGAUUCAUCAACUUAGAUAGUUCUUAUAAGGUUCAGACUAAAUUCAUUGUCCCACAAACAUGGAAGCCACCAGCUGCCACUAGCAGUGAGUCAUGGUGGUGUGUUUGGAUGUCAUGUUAAGGGACAGUUUAAACAAAUCAGAAUUCAUAAAAAAUCUUAGAUUUGAAUUUUGUAUUAUGGCUGAUUAACAAGCCAUGCUUCUUAUCAGAGGCAGUUUCACAAAUCACAACAAGCCAAGUCAUAGUUUGUUCUGAUAUAUGAACACACAGCUUUUGGAACAGCCAUAGCUUUUGUGGAUAAAUAUGUUUUAGUUCUUCUGGGAUGAUCAGAGAUAAAGUAAUGAAAAGAAAGAAAGAAAGAAAAGAAAAGAAAGAAAGAAAGAAAGAAAGAAAGAAAGAAAGAAAGAAAGAAAGAAAGAAAGAAGAAAGAGAGAAACCGCAGUGCAGGUCUUGUUCCCUCACCGAGGCAGAAAGAGAGCUGAUUCAUUCCAGAUGAGCAAAGCCUUUCGCUCUGUGCAGUUGUAUCAUUUGGUUCAUUGUGACCUCUGAGAGAGUGCAGCUGAAAUAGACACGCAAAGCUGGGAUCAAUGAGACAGCUCACAGUAGCGAGCCAAGACCGCACACUACCUGUCUGCCUAAAGGCACUUCUAGAGAGUCUGCCUUAAUCUAAAACGAAAGGAAUCUCUUGAUUGGUUUGAUGUGACAAAUGCAGGCUGUCAGAGUAAAAGGGAGAGUUUGGGUCAAGGCAUUACUUACUAUUUGAAGUGGGCAGCUUCAUUUAUUUCACAGACCUAUAAUGACCCUAUCAAAUUCUGAGAUGCUGCUUAUAUAAAAUGACUGACAGUGGAAUGCAGGUUGAGUAUCACUUAUCCAAAAUUCUUGGUAUCAGAUGUGUUUAGGAAUGUGAAUGUUUUAGGAUUUUGGAAUAAUUAUAUUUGCAUCUAUAGACAUAAUCUUGGCAAUGGGAUUCAAAUCUAAAAAUACACACAGGCUAUUUUAUACACAUAGCCUAAAAGCAAUUGUUGAUAAUAUUUUUUCAUAAUUUUGUGCAUGAAACAAAGUUUGUGUACACUGAACUAUCAGAAAGUAAUGGUGUCACUAUAUCAGCCACCUACAUGAAUAAUUUUUGUUUUUGGAAUAUUUCAGAUUUUUGAAUUCUGGAUAAGGAAUACUCAACUUGUAUAUGGUUUUGGCUUUCAUUCUAGUCAUGAAAUUGGUUUAAGCCAGCUCACUGAUGGACUUCAGUUGUAUACUUUAUCUCUGGAAGUACAAUUUCUAAUCAUGUACAAGUUGACAUUGUGUAUAAGAUGAGGGCAGGUUUUGGGGCCAAAAUUAUGGAUAUGUUGAGAACUAUUCUAUGGAAAGGGUGUCAGUUGCCUCUGUCUGCUACUGCCAUUUCCCCACCCAGGCAUCCAAAAAUGGCAAAAGCAGUGCCAUAGUGGAGAAAGUAGAGGGAAACACUGCAUCUUUUAAGAUCUUCCAGGAUGCAAGAAGCAUUUAUCUUUCACCAUUCUGCUCAUGGAAGGGAAUUGUCCCUUUUUAAAAUAAGAGUUAAGAUAUAGUCUUUACAUUAAACUGUGGAUAAGUCAACACAAGAUUUUUGGGUAAAAUUUGAGUAAAAUUUCUAGCCUUAUAUAUAUAUAUGUGAAUAUAUAAUUUGUUCCACUGUAUUCAAGUGGACUUUCUUCUGUUUAAACAUCAGGACUGAGAAAAAGUUUCCUUUUUGGAAUUACCUCUUUCAGAUACUCCUGGCCAGCAUAGCCAAAAGUUAUUUUCCUAAACCUGGCCUAUGUGCAGACUACUGUGGUAGAAGAUUAACAUAUUUAUCCAUAUUUGUGAGACCUGGCAGCAAAUAUGCAAUGCCUUUGAACAGAAGCCUCCUGCUGGACUAGCAAAGGAAGCAUUUGUAAAGAAAGAGCUGCAGAAGAGUGAUUGUAAGUGAUUAUUAGAAUUGUGAUGACUUUUCACAAUUAUCUGUUAAUAGAAACAAACCUUGAGCACAUUUCUGAGUACAUUCUGUUUUUGAUUUGUCUGUUUGCUAAGGGGCACAAAUUACUCUGAUCCAUGUACAAAAGUAAGCUUCUGGGUAUGCAUGAAUUUACACCAGACAUGGAAAUUGGGCACCCACCCCCCAAUAUUGUUGGACUGCAACUCCCAGUAGCUCAAACUAGUAUAGAGGAAUAUUGGGAGUGGCAGUCCAACAGCAUUUGGUGGGUCACAUCAUUCCCGCCCUUGAUCUAAAUGUUCACCUCUAUGCACAUGCAUGUAAAUGUUCACUUCCAUUCCACACUGUGAUGCUCCCCUAUACCCCAUUGUCAUAUUUUGGUCAUCUUUUAGAGUACAUAGGGAUGUAUAUGUAUCCACUGAAGCCACAAGUUGCCCACAAGGGGAGCUGAUUCUGGUCCCAAUGUUUUCAUGAAAUGCUUCCUUUUUGUUCCUUCUCACUCAUAGAGUGAACUUUGAAGUUGUGAGAAUGAAAAGAGAGGACAGGUUUUUCAUUACCUCCACUUUACUCUUGAAAAUGGUUCCCUGAGAACUGCUCAGUCAGAAAUAUGGGAGCAGACUCCAUUAGAAAUGGUUAUCUCCAUCUCCAUGCUAAGGCUUGACUCUCACACUUUGGGUUUGAUUUUUGAUCUGAGUCUCUUGUGGUUGACUCAACAAGCACAGAUCAGCAGAUAUCUUGGAAAAGGAAAAAGUUUAAACAGCACCCAAUUUCUUGGUGUGGCAAGAUAUUUGCAUCUCUCAACCAAUGUUGCCUAUUUUGACUGGCAGAAUCUCUUCAGGGUCUCAGGCCGACAAGAGUCACCCACAACUUGAUCCAUAGUGAGGUUGGAUUAAAUGCUUUACUUCCUAUUGGAGAAUUUCCUCUGAACUUCAUUCUUAAUUGGAGAUCUAAUCUCUGUGUGUAACAAGUAUUGAAUGAAAAGAGAAAGCAAUUAAAAAUAAACUCCAACUGUUUUAAAACAAAUAAAGAUCAAGAUAUUGGA